AUGCCUUCAACAGCAGCCGCAACGACAACUACGCCCACACCCACACCCAAAACCAGGUCUACUUCCAGACCUGGUGUCACAAACAAGGCCGACAAUGAAUGGGCAAGGGCAGAAUUAGAUGUCAUCAAAGAACAACAGCAGCAAGAAAAAAUUGUUAACGAAGAGUUUAAGAUUUGGAAAAAGACUGUACCUUUGCUUUAUGACUUGAUACAUACUUUUGCAUUACCCGAGGUAUCCACAGUAGUGCAAUGGAUACCGGAAUACAAAAAGCUGAAUGGUAAUGGAAACUUUACAGAAACAACUUUUCUUUUAGCAAGUAAUUGUGUCAACAAGGCAGAUAACUGUGUGCAACUCGGUUCUGUAAAGUUGCCAUCUACGAUUGUUGAGAAAGGUAAAGAGAUUCCAGUUCCUACUGAAGGUUCCGAAACUGCAGAUUUUAAGAUCCUCAAUAAAUGGAAACAGGCGAAUGAAGUAUACAAAUUAAAAGUGGCGCCAGAUGGAGCUAAUGCGUUAUCGUUCAAUAGUGAUGGUGUCAUACACAGGUUUGAUUUACUAAACAAAAGUGUCUCAGAUUACAAAUACCACAAACAAGGUGGUUAUGCCUUAGAAUGGAUUGACAACUCUAGGUUCCUUUCUGGUUCAAAAGAUUCGCAGAUUGCAUUGUGGCAACUAGAUAAACCAUCUACACCCAUUCAAUUAUUUAAAAGCCAUUAUGGUGCCAUAAAUGACAUAUCUGCAAGUGAUGAAAACAUCUUUGGUUCCGUUAGCGAUGAUUCAACUACGCAGUUCUACGAUAUCAGAUUAUCCAGCUCAGAUAAUUCUUCUGCGUCAAUGUCUUCUGCUAAUCCAUACAUUAAGAUUGAAAACAAACAUAUUCAAAAUUCCAUCAAAUUUCACCCAAAUAUCAAGACUCUUUAUGCCACUGGUGGAAAAGAUAACAUUGUUUCAUUGUAUGACUUGAGAAACAACAAAGAGCCCAUCAGAAAAUUUUAUGGUCACAAUGAUUCCAUUAAACAAUUGGAAUGGGAUUGGACCAAUCCUUCUAUAUUGGCGUCGACUGGGUAUGAUAAUAGGGUUUUGUUUUGGAACUUGGAAAAUCUUGACGAGGAAUACCUGUACCCCGAUUCUUCGACUCCAACGUCCACCGAGGCUCCAAGAAGAAGAAAUACCCAAGUUGUCAAGAUUGAUCCUUGCUUGAAAUUUGUUCAUGGCGGACAUACUGACCGAGUAAAUGACUUUGCAAUCCACCCAAAGAUUAAAAAUUUGUUUGCUACUGUAGGGGAUGAUAAAUUAUUAGAAAUAUGGAAACCAAAGAGCUUACCCGUUGAGGACGUCGACGAAGAAGAAGAAGCAGAAGAAGAAGAGGAAGAGGAACAAGAGGAACAGGAGGAGGCAGAAGAGGAAAUUAAAAGAGAGGAAGCAGAAGGAAUAGAAGGAAGCGAAGCAGAAGAAAAAGAAGAAGAAGGAAAAGUUGGAAAAGAAAAUGAAGGAAAAGAAGAAGAAGAAGAAGAAGACAAGGAGAAAAAAGUGGAGGACAUAGAAAAGGAUGAAAAAGAAGUCACCAAACAAGAGGAUGAACUGAAACCAAGUGAGGAAAAGAGGAAAGAUGAGGAGGUGAAGGAUGGAACAGAGGGAAAAGAGGAAAUUAAAGAAGACGUAGAGAUGAAAGAAGAAGGAGAGAAACCACUGGAAACUGAGAAGCAAGAGGAUGCAGAUGUGGAAAUGAAAGAUGUUAGCGAAGAACCUAGAAACAACGAUGAUAAUACCAUGAACGAAGAACCAAAAGAAAGUAGUUCAAAGGACUUGAAAGCAGAUACAAAAGGAGAAAAUAAUGGCUCAACAAUAUCAGCUGACGAACCUUCUGCUGCAGCAGAUGAUAUGGAACUAGACGAAGAGAAGAAAGGUAUAUCAAUCGAAAAAGAAGGGGCCGCAGAAACUAAGAAAGAUUCAUCAGCUACACCUGAUGUUGACACUAUUAGCGGCAAUAACUGA